CCACUCAAUUAAAUCCAAGGACUAAGCUCCUUGUCCACCGAAACUUAACCAAGGAGGAUGGUCGAUAACAAACACCCACCAUUUACAACAACAGCAGCUGCUUGUGGCACAAUUUUAGGGUUCCCACCAUGGACAACAAUCAAGAGUCUCGUCGAACAGAUGCAGAGGUUUCGUCUUGCGUUUUUCGAAGUAUUGAGGAUGUGAAGUCCGUUCCUGCAUUCUUCAGUUGCACGAGCGGAGAGCUGCUAUGGGGACAAGUGCACACGGUGAUCGAAGGUUUCACUUGCACGGCGCCGAGACCACAGGAGCUUGAAUACAAAGUAGCGGCGCGCACUGGACUAUGGAAGGUGCAAGCUGUGUUUCAAGACAACUACGAGGGAAAUCCGUGGCAUACUGGGUUCGUUUGCCACCAUGUCGAUGCGAAUGGCCCAGAGAUUCUCCGAUUGGCAUCCGAGGCAGGAAUCUGCAAUAACGGGAAGUUCGCAGAUCUGGAUAUUGUCUUCGUCAAUCGCUACGAUUGGAGUGGCUCUCACGCGCCGGGAUGUGAGAUCAUUCUGGAGGCGAUCACAGGCGAGAAAGUUGACCUUGAGGAGGACUUUGAGGAUGAGAAGUACUUCCGGUCGCUGGUGUACGAUAGGUUUAUGCUCGUGGACGCACUAGGCUUUCCAAACCUAAUGCAAGCUCUCAAGGACGGUGAGAGACUUGAGCGAAGGAACUACCUGAUGCGGCGUCGGGUUAACUUAAGCAACUCGUCCGGGGGUUCAUCGUCUUCGGAGAAUGACAUGUCAUCGGUUCCAAAUUUUGAAGACUUCGGCACGCACCUGGUGGUCACGGACGGAGAAUACGACAUGGGAUGGAUGGCGUUUCGCAACGGCGAGCUUGUUGGAUUUGUUUACGAUGGAGCUUACUCUGCCCUGGAGGGCGACAACCUGCGACUCGGCGACAGCCUGGUCAGAGUGUAGCGGAAAUGGCACUGAGGUUGCAAAUUACUGCAUACUAAUCUAACACUUUCCGACGUCUAAAAAUGUGGAACGAAAGUUCAACGAGUUUGUCUCACUGAGUGUUGCACAUCGUGACAGAUUCAUGGACGUAGUAUUUUAGUAUAAAAACGUUGUCCAAUAAGUUCAAAAUUCUGAUUUGGUAGCAAUGACUUCGUCGUCAAAUCUACACUACCGGUGCUACAGAGAAUGCAAGAGUAUAUUAGCUCAUUGCCCCAUUGUUGCGACUGGAAUAAUGAUUUGGUGGGUCUAAAGCUGAUUACUGCUGACGAAGGUAUCAAGGUUCUUUUUCUCCACAAUAAAAAUGUGGAUGUUGUUGUAAGAUUAUAGCGAAAUAUGUAGGCAAACCUGAAACUGGAGAGAAAUCAACUCUACUUAUAAACUAGUUUAUUUAUACUACAUUAUAUCCCGUAAUUAGGGUUCGGAUAGUUUUCUCUAAUUACCAAGUUUGCAUAUUAUAAAAUUAAAAUCGUUUGAAACUG